AUGAUCCACCUUGUGAGGUUACAGGCGACGGCGGCGCCCAAGAGCCCCCAGUCGAGGACGAAGAGGAACACCCAGAGCAUGAUCACAUGCGCCACCAGGCCAAUGAAGCCGAUCCAGGCCAGCACGGUGACCUUUCUCUGGGCUUGGAGGAACUUCUGCACGGGGAAAUUGAUGGCGUUGGCGAACAUCUGGGGAAUGAUCCAGAGGGCGAAGCGGCCGGCGAGCUCGGCGAUGUCGUCCCGCUGUCCCAGGAGCUUCAGGAUGGGGGUGGCGAAGACGUAG